AUGGCUGGGCGAAAACUUGCUCUAAAAACCAUUGACUGGGUAGCUUUUGGGGAGAUCAUACCCAAAAACCAGAAGGCCAUUGCUAACACCCUGAAAUCCUGGAACGAGACCCUCACCUCCAGGUUGGCUACUCUCCCCGAGAAACCUCCUGCCAUCGACUGGGCUUACUACAAGGCCAAUGUGGCGAAGGCCGGCUUGGUGGAUGAGUUUGAGAAGAAGUUUAACGCCCUGAAGGUGCCUGUGCCACAGGAUAAUUACACUGCCCUGGUGGACGCUGAAGAAAAAGAAGAUGUGAAAAAUUGUGCUGAGUUUGUGUCUCUCUCAAAGUCCAGGAUUGAGCAAUACGAGAAAGAGCUGGAGAAGAUGAGGAACAUAAUUCCAUUCGACCAGAUGACCCUGGAGGAUUUGAAUGAAGUCUUCCCAGAAACCAAAUUAGACAAGAAGAAAUAUCCCUACUGGCCUCACAGGCCAGUAGAGAGUUUAUAA